CUCCAGUCUUCCCCAGGUUUUUGGGGUCUCGGCCGGUGGAGUCCAUGUGCCAGAUAUCUGAGAUGCCAGGUUUCUCUGUGUUUGGCUACCUGCUAGGUGCAUACGGAAUACUACUGUGUAUGGCUGAAGGGGACUGUGGCCCGCCGAACCAUUUUCAUAUUAAAGAAGCCUGCCUGCCAACUGUUGCAUUGUCUCUCCGACUCUUUCUCUCGCACCGCCUUCCACAACACAACGAGCAGCAAGCACCAUGGGCGUCUUCACCAAGUUCCGCCUCUUCAACCGGCGGCUCGCGCUGGCCAGCCUCCUCAUCGCCAUCUCCACGGCAAACUAUGGCUUCGACAACCAGGCCUUCGCCAGCACCCAGGCAAUGGACGCGUUCGAACGACAGUUUGGCGAGUACGACGCAGCAAAAGGCACCUACGUCUUGCCGCCCGUGUGGCUGUCGCUCUUCAACAGCCUCAACUACAUUGGCUUUGCUGCGGGCGUCAUCCUCGGGAGCAUCAUGUCGCGCCGCUGGGGCCGGAGGUGGGCCAUGUUCCUCAUGAGCUGCUAUGCCUGUGUGACGGCCACCAUCGGCGUGACGAGCCGGAACCGGGAGCAGAUCAUGGCCGCGCGCAUCUUGAACUAUGUCUAUGUCGGCAUCGAGCUUUCCGUCAUCCCAACCUACCAAGCCGAGAUGGUGCCCGCCGCUGCACGAGGCUUCAUGGUCGGCUCGUAUCAGCUCAGCCUCAUCGUGGGCGGACUGGUCAUCAACUGCGUUUGCUUCGGGACGAGCACCAUCUCGGAUAACCGCGCGUGGCGCAUCCCGCUGGGACUCUUCUACAUUGUGCCCGUCACGAUCCUGUCGCUGAUAUGGUUCGUGCCCGAGUCUCCGCGCUGGCUGCUGCGCCAGGGCCGCGCCGACGAGGCGCUGGCCAACCUGCGCGCCAUCCGCGCGGGGCCCUUCACCGAAGACCAGAUCCAGGCCGAGUUCGCCGAGCUGCGCUACGCGCUCGACCACGAGCCCCAGCAGGCCCACGACUUCGUCGAGCUCUUCCGCGGCAGCAACCUGCGCCGCACGGGCAUCGUGGUCGCCGUCAACUUCCUCAUGCAGGCCACCGGUCAGGCCUUCGUCUCGCAGUACAGCGCCAUCUACGUCAAGUCGCUCGGCACCAUCAACCCGUUCGGCUUCAACCUGAUCCUCGCCGCCGUCAACAUCACCACCAUGUUCGCCAUGCUUCUGCUGACCGACCAGGCCGGCCGAAGGACCUUCCUCUUCAUCUCGUCCACCAUCGUCUGCUUCGCCAUGAUGACCAUGGCCGGGCUGGGCAUCAAGACGCCCGUGUCCCUCGCGGCGCGCAACGGCAUCGUCAGCAUGAUCGCCGUCUGGGCCUGCGGCUUCUCGAGCGGCUGGGGCCCGCUGAGCUACGUCAUCACGUCCGAGGUCGCAUCCGCCCGGCUGCGCGACCUCACGACGCGCGUCGGCUUCGGCGUCAACGUGGUGACCAAUUUCCUGGUCAGCUUUUCGGUCCCGUACCUCCUGUCGGACAAGUACGCCAACCUACAGAGCAAGCUGGGCUUCAUCUUCGGCUCCAUCAUGGCCGUCGGCUUCGUGUUUGUGUACUUUUGCGUGCCCGAGUGCAAGGGCAGGACGCUCGAGCAGGUGAAUUACUUGUUUGAGAGCGGCGUGCCGCUGCGGGACUUUGCCAAGGUCGACGUCCAGGCCCUGCUCGGCGCCGAGAUGCAGAAUGCCGCGGCAAAGCAGGCCGACGUGGAGCAGGACGAGGCCGAGGCUAGCCACGUGGAUCAUCCGUCGGGACAGAAGGGUGUGUAAAAUAAGGUACUAGAUAGUACUUACCGUAGGUACAGGUACUAGUACGCUUGGCUAGGACUCCGAACCAUGCACAUUUCU